CGCUGAAUCACCCACAUCUUGUCGACUAACUUGCACUGACUCUUGCGAUGGCCGCUGGUAACGAACAGACCGAAAAGAAGCCACAGUCGAAUGGUCUUCCGCCACCCCCGUUCGAAUUGCCCUAUCCCGAUAAGCCGGAGCUGAUCACGUCGAACCUGCUGAAGCUGGUGGAGCUAACUCCCAACGAAAGACACAAGUUCCUCCUCAAGAACCUUGUACGACACAUGCACGAGUUUAUCAACGAGACGAGCCUUACGACAGAGGAAUGGAUGACCGCAAUCCAGUUUCUGACUAACGUCGGGCAGACGUGCACACCAAUUCGUCAGGAGUUCAUUUUGCUGUCUGAUACGCUUGGUGUUUCUGCUCUCGUGGAUGCGCUCAAUAACCCUCCGAUUAAUGGAGCGACGGAGAGCAGCGUAUUGGGACCGUUCUUCACAGAGGACGCUCCGGAAGUCGAGAUCGGCGAAUCCAUCGCGUCCGAAGGCAAAGGCGAUUAUAUGUACGUCGAGGGCCGUGUGCUGUCUAUCGAUGGAAAGCCGAUCCCGGGUGCGACCAUCGAGACAUGGGAGACGGACGGGAAUGGUUCGUAUGACACGCAGUAUGAAGUUCGCGAGAAGCCGGACUGUCGAGGUCGCCUACGCACAGGCCCGGACGGAAAGUACGGCUACCGCGCAGUCGUGCCCGUUUCUUACCCAAUUCCUGGAGAUGGGCCCGUCGGCGAAUUACUCACUGCCAUGGGGCGCCAUAACAUGCGACCUAACCACCUGCACACCAUGAUUGAAGCCCCAGGAUAUCAGAAGCUCACCACUGCGUUGUAUCCGGAGGGUGACCAAUGGCUCGCUAGUGAUGCGGUUUUCGGUGUCAAGAAAUCCCUUGUCGUGGGCCUGAAGGAGGUCAAGGAUGACGCCGAAGCUAAGAAACGCGGUUUUCCCAAAGGUGGCGCCUUCAAGCUUCUGCAACACGAUCUCGUAUUAGUCCCGACGAGUGAAUCACAAGCUGCUCGGGAGAGAUUCGCUGCGGAGCGAGCCAAGAACGCGCUGGCGUGAGCCGUCACGGCAAGCAGACUUUGCAGCGGCGACUUUGUUAUGCAAGCACCUCGAGGCACUUCGGGGCACUGUAACAGUAGACACAAAUGGAUUGUAAAUGUACACUCGCCGGAGGAACCGAAGUGACUGAAUAAUAUCUAUACUGCC